AUGCCCCGACAACGAAAUCCACGCUCCAUGUCAUCCACCGACCAGCCCCCGAUUCCGAUAUCAAUAACCAUAUGCGGCGACGGCGGCUGCGGCAAAUCAUCGAUAACGCUGCGUCUAGUCCGCUCCCAAUGGACCUCGGAAUAUGACCCCACGAUAGAGGACAGCUACAGCGUGACGCGCCGCAUAGACGGCGUCACGUACCACCUGUCCCUCACGGACACGGCGGGACAGGAGGAGUACCGCGGCAUGUGGGCAAGCAGCAACCUUGGCGCCGAUGCCUUCCUCAUGGUCUACGACAUCACAUCCGUCGACUCGCUCGAUGCGCUCGGCUACUUUAACGACCUGAUCGACAUGGAGGCCGAGACGAGGAUAGACAACGCCGCGCGGGCCGCCCGCGCCGGCGUCAGCCCCAGCAGCCUGGCCUACGACGGCAUCAGCUUACCCGGCUCGCCAGGAGGCAUGGGCAUGAGCGGCGCCAAGACGGUGCCGCCGGUCAAGAUCGUGGCGGGCAACAAGUGCGAUCUGCAGGAGAGCAGGCAGGUGCCGGCGGCGCAGGGCCUCGAGUGGGCGCGCCGCCGCGGCUGCGGCUUCAUGGAGACGUCGGCCCGGCUCGAGGUCAACAUUGAGGAGACUUUUGCGCUCAUCGUUCGCCGCGUUGUCGAGAGCCGCCGCCUGGCCGAGAUGGGCGUCAUGGAUCACGACGGCGGCAGGAUGGACAAGCGUGGCAUGACGAAGCCCCUGAGCCCGCUGCCGUCGCGCGACACGGAGAAGUCGAUAGCAGAGGAGCGGCAUGGUCAUCGGGGCCCCGGGGUUAGAGGCCCCAAUAUCAACGGCACCAGGAUUGGGGCGCGCGGCAAGGGAUUUUGGAGGAUGUUGAGAUGUUGGUGA